CACCCCAUGUUUUACUAAUUUGCAAAGAAAAUUUUGUACAAUAAAUAAGUAUUUGAUUCUCUCUCUGUCUUUUAUUUAUAAGCAAAAGUCUUUCUUGACUUUCUCUCUCUAUUAUAAACCAAUUCAUGGAGGGAGAGCCUCCCUAGUCGCCACCUCAAUCUGCUUUCUCUUUAUUUUUUCAUGCUCAUCUCUUCUCAUUAUUCUUCAAACCCAUACACUCUCUCUUUUCCCCCCCUCCCAUCCCCUCCCGUCAUAUAUUUUCUUUUAGCAAACUCUAAAGAACAACAACAACGACACAUCAAAGCAAAGGAAAGGAAAUCACUUGGAAGCAAAGAAACGAAAACCCACAGCUUUAUCCGAUGGCAGUCGAAGCUCGGCAUAUGAAUCCUCUUCCCCCUCAGUUAAUCACCAAUAGAGAUUUUAUUGAUACAAAUCAAGGGAGUGGCAAUAUGUACAAUACCCAGAUGGAUUCUUGUGUUCCUUUGGUUUAUACAAUGCAACAAGCUUCACAGCUGUUUCCAUUAUAUGAAUCUCUUGUUUGUGAUCCAAUUUCAGCCAAAACUUCAAUCAACAAAGCUGAUAGUGGCCUUACGUACAAUAUGAAUAUCCCAGUCUCAGCUCCAAGAAAAAGGCCUAGAGAUUCAUCCAUCAUUGGCUUUGAUUCAUACACAGUUGUCCCUCAAAAGAACAAAUUUUCCGGUGUUUCCUCUGUUCUUGAUGAUGAUAUCUUCUCCCAGAUCCAACAACACCAACAAGAAAUUGACCGCUUCAUUGCUGAACAUACAGAAAAAGUGAGGUUGGAAGUUGAAGAAAGAAGAAAGAGGCAAUCGAGAAUGUUGAUUACAGCAUUCCAGGAAGGGGUUAUGAAGAAACUGAAGGAAAAAGAUGAGGAGAUACAAAGAAUGGGGAAACUAAACUGGUUUCUUCAAGAAAGAGUGAAAAGCCUAUACGUAGAGAACCAACUGUUGAGAGAUUUGGCACUAACAAAUGAAGCCACGGCCAAUUCCUUACGCACCAAUUUAGAACAAGUCCUGGCGCAUGUCAGCGAGGAACGCCAUGUGAGCGGGGGAGGCGCAGCUACGUUGGCUGAUGACGCAGAGUCUAGUUGUGGCAGCAAUGAUGAAGGGUGGCGCAAGGUGGUGCCACCGCAACCACAAGGGCGUGGUGAUGAGCAAGAUAAGGCGGUGGUGGCUGGGAAUAAUAGGAAGUGUAGAAAGUGUGGGGAGAAAGAGGCAAGUGUGCUGUUGCUGCCAUGCAGGCAUCUCUGUCUCUGUACAAUGUGUGGGUCCACACUGGUAGGCACUUGCCUUGUUUGUGAUUCUGUUACCAAUGCCAGUGUUCAUGUUAACAUGUCAUGAACCAAAAAUUUCUUCCUUUUUUUACUGUUCUUAGUGAAAAAAAAAAAAAAACAAAGAAAAAAAGGGAAUUGCAAAUAUCUUUUUAGAAAUGGAUCAUAGAAAUUUUUUUCAUUAUUAAUAUCUGUUUCAUCCCAUUCUUUCCUCUAUUUCUUUAUUUUAUGCCGUGAAUGUUUAUGCUUCGAUUUUUACCAUUGAGAAAGGUGGUUUUUAGUAAUUGAAAGAAGGCCAAUUGAAUUGGAUACUGGCCUUUGCUUUU